AUGUCAUCUGUUUUUAAAAAGAUUUCACGUCUUCUAGAUACAUCUAGAAAUCUUAUCGAAAUUGAGAUGAAAAUUGAAAAAUCGGAUAUUGAACAUACAAGUAUUUUGAGUAAAAAAUUUUUUGUGACAGCCACCGAGGCAUAUGUCCUUGAAUACUGCAUAUUAGCGCGAGAUGAUACGUUAGCUUUACUCUUGCAUGGUAAAAAACAAAACAUGUUACUGGGCUUCAGCAUCUUCGUAGCUGACGGUGAUGGAGUUUAUCGUCAUUCCAGAGCAGGUACUGCUCAGAUAUUAAAACGUUCUGUAAACGAAAGCGAUUUACUUGUAGGCUUUGUUGACCGAAACAGUUCAUUAAAAUACCCUUUAUCUAUCACCUGCCACUUGGAAUUUCCGUAUGCUGAAAAAUCUAAAAAUCAAGAAGUGGAAUUACAGUGCCUACGAAAGCUAUCUGUGGAUUUUAAGAAAAUUCUGGACCAAGCUACCGAGACGGAUGUCACCUUGAAAGUUGACGGUGUCAACAUCAAAGCCAACAAGGUAGUACUGCGGGCAAGAUCUCCUGUGUUCAACAAGAUGUUUGAACACGAUACCAGCGAACGUGAUAACAGCGUAAUAAAUAUAGAAGACAUACGAGCGCCAAUUAUGGAGGAACUGGUAUCAUUUCUAUACUCCGGCACAAAGGAAGAUCAUGAUUUUGAGGAGGCAUGCGAUCUGUACUACGCAGCUGACAAAUACGAAGUGUUGAGUCUCCGAGAUGCUUGUAGGAGUGAUUUGCUCGACCAAUUACAAGUGGGUAAUGCGUGUCAAAUGCUUAUUUUGGCCAAUCGCCAUGGUGAUGUAUCCUUUAAAGAAGAGAUUAUGAAAUUCAUUAAUAUGAACUUCAAAAGUGUAAUAAAUACGGAAUCUUUCGGAGAAUUUGUAAAAAGCGAUGCUGACAUCGCAUUGUCAUUGAUGCGUUUACACGUAAAUACUCACUAA